AUGAAUAGAGGCAUGACCAAUUCCCACUAUCUUAAACUUCUUCUUGUUAUUAUCUUCUUGUUAUCGAUUGAAGAAGCUGUAGGAUUAGGGGAACCUACUGCAAAUAUUACUGGAAUUCACAUUUCUUCAAUAGACCUGAAGAGGGCCGAUUUCGUUGUCGAUGUUCUUGUGAAGAAUCCAAAUCCAAUUCCGAUCCCUCUAGUUGAUGUAAAGUAUUUGAUUGAGAGCGAUGGCAGGAAACUCAUGUCCGGCCUCAUCCCUGAUGCAGGGACCAUUCAUGCUCAUGGAUCUGAAACGAUUAACAUCACUUUGACAGUGAUCUACGAUGAUAUCAAGAACACUUACAACGACAUUAAACCGGGUAAUCUUAUUCCUUAUAAGGUCAGAAUUGAGUUUAUUGUGGAUUUACCUAUUAUAGGAAACAUUUUGCUUCCAUUAGAGAAAACUGGGGAGAUACCUGUGCCUUAUAUACCAGAUGUCGAUUUGGAGAAAAUUAAGUUUGAUAAAUUCUCUUUGGAAGAAACGAAUGCAACCCUUUAUCUGAAAUUGGAUAACCAGAAUGAAUUUGAUUUGGGGUUGAACUCAUUAGAUUGCGAGGUAUGGCUUGCCAAGAUAAGAAUAGGUGGUGCCAAGCUUUUCAAAACGGCCCAAAUUGGCAAGAAAAAUUCAGGGUUUUUUGAGCUUCCAAUCUCAUUUAGGCCAAAGGACUUUGGGUCUGCAUUAUGGGAUAUGAUAAGUGGAAAGGGGACUGGUUACUCCAUUAAAGGAAGCAUCAAUGUGGAUACCCUAUUUGGACCGAUGAAACUUCCAUUCAGUAAGGAAGGGGGCAAUACACAACUCGAGAAGGCAUAAGAUAAUGACGAUGAGGACUGAAACAACACAGUAU